AUGCUAGUUUGCUCAUUCCCCCAGGAAGCUGCUGAUAGUAAGGCUCUUACCCUAAAGAAGAAGGUAUGGUCCUUCUUUCACUCUCCAUCAUGUUGUUUUCGUCAAGCUGAUAACCUUUCUCUGCGUCAUGAGAUUGGUCACAAGAUACAAAAAUUGAAUCAAACCUUUGAUAAGAUACUCAAACAUAGAGUGGCAUUUGGGAUUGACUUGAAUAGGAAACCUAAAGUAGAUGAGAGACCACCAACUACGUCCUUUGUGGAUGUGUCUAAAAUAUUUGGCCGUGAUAAGUAUAGGGAUAGUCUACUGAACAACCUAUUAGGCGUGGGUAGUCAAGAAGAAAGCAAUCCUCUUGUCAUCUCCUUAGUGGGCACAGGGGGUAUUGGAAAAUCAACUCUCGCCCAAUUAGCCUACAAUCAUCAUGAGGUGCAAGCAUAUUUUCAUAAAACAAUGUGGGUUUGUGUUUCUGAUCCUUUUGAUCAGUACAAGGUUGCCAAAUCAAUCAUUCAAGAGCUUGAUUCUAAACAUGAAUCCCUCAAAAAUACUACUACUGCAUUGAAUUCUCUAUUGGAUAUAGUUUUUUAUUUGAUUAGGGGGAAGAAGUUCUUUCUUGUCUAA